GGGCGCGGAGGGUGGCCUCACCGCGUCCUCGGAUCUGCGGCGGCGAGAGCGCAGCUACCUUCCGAGCCCAGUCGGGAAAGAGCCCGGAGCGGAGGAGGGAGAGAGGGAACCUGUGCUCUGCCCGCGGGCCUUUGGAAGAAGCGGCUCGUGUCCCCGCUCCCGGAAUGAAGAGCUCUGGACCCUGUCCGCCCGGCGCCGAGAUGCCGCAGGCUUAGAAUGGAGCUUGGUUACUGGACCCCAAGGAUGACAUGCUGACUCAUUAAGGGAGACCUGAGUGUCAGCAGAAAGGAGGGACCUCAGCCGCUUGACAUCACCCCAGAGGAAUUCCCAGGAGUGUUACUCAAGGCUUCACCUGGCCAGAUGGAGGUCACCAUGGGGGUCAUGGAUGAGAAUGUCACCAAUACUUCAGCCAAUUAUUUUUCUAUGCUCGACCCCCAUGGAGCCCACACUGCUUCCUUCCCAUUCAACUUCAGCUAUGGCGACUACGAUAUGCCCUUGGAUGAAGAUGAGGACGUGACCAAUUCCCGGACCUUCUUUGCUGCUAAGAUCGUCAUCGGCAUGGCCCUGGUGGGCAUCAUGCUGGUCUGUGGUAUUGGCAACUUCAUCUUCAUCACUGCCCUGGCCCGCUACAAGAAGCUGCGAAACCUCACCAAUCUGCUCAUCGCCAACUUGGCCAUCUCCGAUUUCCUGGUGGCCAUUGUCUGCUGCCCCUUUGAGAUGGACUACUACGUGGUGCGCCAGCUCUCCUGGGAGCACGGCCACGUCCUGUGCGCCUCUGUCAACUACCUGCGCACCGUCUCUCUCUACGUCUCCACCAAUGCCCUGCUGGCCAUCGCCAUCGACAGAUAUCUGGCCAUUGUCCACCCGCUGAGACCCCGGAUGAAGUAUCAAACAGCCAUGGGCUUGAUUGCCUUGGUGUGGAUGGUGUCCAUCCUCAUUGCCAUACCUUCAGCCUACUUCACAACCGAAACGGUCCUCAUCAUUGUCAGGAGCCAAGAGAAGAUCUUCUGCGGCCAGAUCUGGCCGGUGGACCAGCAGAUGUACUACAAGUCCUACUUCCUCUUCAUCUUUGGCCUGGAGUUCGUGGGCCCGGUGGUCACCAUGACGCUGUGCUAUGCCAGGAUCUCCCGGGAACUCUGGUUCAAGGCCGUCCCUGGUUUCCAGACGGAGCAGAUCCGGAAGCGACUGCGCUGCCGCCGGAAGACGGUGCUGGUGCUCAUGUGCAUCCUCACCGCCUAUGUGCUGUGCUGGGCGCCCUUCUACGGCUUCACCAUCGUGCGCGACUUCUUCCCCACUGUGUUCGUGAAGGAGAAACACUAUCUCACGGCUUUCUACGUCGUCGAGUGCAUCGCCAUGAGCAACAGUAUGAUCAACACCGUGUGCUUCGUGACUGUCAAGAACAACACCAUCAAGUACUUCAAGAAGAUCAUGCUACUCCACUGGAGGGCUUCUUACAAUGGAAGUAAGUCCAGCGGCGACCUUGACCUCAAAACCAUGGGGGUGCCUGCCACUGAAGAGGUGGACUGCAUCAGGCUGAAAUAGCUCCACCCUCUCAACGUUUAAACACAGAACAGGACCUUUGGGACACUGACCGGUGUGCUUAGGUACACACCAUCAACCAAGAACUCUUGGUUUGCUGCAGAGGACGCAGUAAAUGGACAAACAUGGGAACACUGUAUUCAAGGAGCUCCGGAAUUUCUAAAACUGGUGGGACUAGACACCAUUACCGGUGGCUGACACUCACUGAGCAUCUAAUUUGUGCAAUGAGUAGGCACUGGUGAAACUUAUAUAUGUUGAUGACAUUUCAUUGACAAAAGAAAUAGGGAUUAAACCAAGAAACAUAUUGGUACACAGACAGUUUGGAAUAAUGGGGUUUCCAGAAGGCAACCACAGUAGGCAUCUAAGGCCGUGGUACAUGUGUUUGUAGGGUGAGGGUCUCUCUGGACCAUCUCAGCUACUCAUCAGACACUGAUGCAGCCCAACUCUGGGACGGUUAAUAAGCUUGAGUUCACUCCUAGCAUUUGCAGGGCUGGGCAAGAAUACAAAAAUCCUCCUGGCUCUUUCUGGAAACUUCUCUUCUCAUCCCUGGUCCUGACUCUCACCCUGGGCCCCCAGGAAAGAAACGGGACAUCCAGAUGGUUGGAGGGGUACCCAACAAUGAGAUUCAGUGCACCUAUAGGCUUACUGAGGGCCCGUCCCUCUUUCUAGCUCACCUCCUUUGUUUGGCAUUUUGAAUUUUGGAAUUUGCAAAUUUGGAACCAGAAGAUCUGAUCCAGCCUUGGCUCCAUCACCUGUGCGGACAAGGUAAAGCCCCUCGGUGGGGAUGAAGACCAUCCUUGUGAUAGCUACCAGUGAGGUGGUUGUGAAGAGCCAAUGAGAUAAUAUAUGGGAAAACUCUUUCAAGCAUGCAAGUAAUCAAAAGAAUGAACCAAUAUCUGUUGUCGUGCCAUGGACAAGGGAAGACUUGUCACCUUGGCUUAUGUGUCUAGAAACACCACCAUCCCUUUUCACUAUUCUUUGUGUGAAUUAUUCCCUUACCCUUCUUAACAGUGCUAUGCAUGCAUUAUGUUCCUAAUAACAUGCUGUUACAACAAGGCAAUGAUAUUUGGUGGCAGAAGUGUGAAAGGAAAUGGGAGCUUGGUCUCCAGUCAGAAGAUGAGCUCUGGGUUUUAGAAACUUCAGAAUUAGAGCAUCUUUGUGAUCACAGAAAUAGCGACUGAUGUCUGUUCCUAUGCCUGUUUCUAACCAGCCUAAAUCUGAACAGUGUAAUACUUGUUUCUCAGUCUCAUUUUAUUUUCAUGACAUGAAGGUGUACAGCUAUAGAGUGGAUUUGCCCUUUUCUUCUUAAAUAAUUCUAGAGCAGCAUAUUAUAAUGCUAUUUAAUUGACAUGUGUUUGGCGUUUCCCCCUCCAACUAUAGUCAACUCUUUAUUUUUGGUAGCAAAGUUUAUUUUUUUUAAUAGUUACUAUGUUUCCCUGGAAGACACAUUUCAAAAAACUGUUUAUUUCUUCCUAUUCAUCAGCCAGCAGACUUACCCUACAGUUUAACCGGAAUACUCUUAGAGAAUAAAAACUAAUUCAAUAUUAGCCUAAAGCCAACAUACUUUGAAAACAAUUCUUAUUUUUUAUAAAAUUACAUAUUGCAUUCUAAAAUUAAGAAAGUAUUUGGACUAAAAUAUAAUAAGAUGAUAUAACUUGUCAUUAUGCUCAUCUUUUCCAUUAGGAAUAACAAACAAGAGUUGACUGUAUUAAAUAGGAGGUUUUUUUAUAUGUGACAACCAAACCUCUUUCUGAUUUUCAGCCUAAAAUACCACAUUUUCACUUGUUUACCCUUCUGUACUAUUUCUAGAUAUUGUGUCUGUGAUUUUACAGUGAAUGAAAGUGUUAUCAAGUGAAAUUUAAAAAUCUGUAUGUAUGUAAUCCCUGACUGGAGUGUUCCUAUAAUUUCCACCCUCCCACAUCCUGUUCCGAGUUAUAGUGUGAUGUGUUUUUGAGUGAGCCCUGCAUAGUGCUGAUUCUAUGACCUUACGGAUUCUGAGAACAAUGCUGAUGCAUGCUCUUCUUGCCUACGAACUUCUCUCUGUCCUAACGAGAUUUGACUGAUUUAUCUCUUCUUCCUGUAAGUCUGCUUUGGUAAAACCAUUAAUACUUUUUAGCAUCUGAGUGCCAAGACUGGAGGUCCGAGGACCACUUUGUGCCUAUUACAGAAGCUAGAGCUAAACCUUUGAAUAGGUUCAAUGUCUGCACGUGGAAGUUGAACCAGGAGAUGAACCUCCGAUACCACGUCACGUUCAAAUUCGUGGCUGAUUCAUUGCACUGAGUGGUGGUCUGCCCCGCUGAUGGCUUCUCCAAAAACUGGUGGACAGCCCAACAAGGUGGCACUCGCGUUGACGUGUUUCUUUUCUGUCCUCGAAAUACUUUCAUUUUGCAAAGAGAUAUCACAUUGUCACAUACUGAAGAAUAAAAACACAAUUUUGUAAAAUCAAA